AUGGCACAACAACAACUGCAGCAGCUGCAGACGGAGAAUGUCAUGAGAAGGAAGCUGGUGAUAAUAGGAGAUGGUGCUUGCGGUAAGACAAGUCUGUUGAGUGUGUUUACUCUUGGCUAUUUCCCGACUCAUUAUGUUCCUACGGUUUUCGAAAACUACGUAACAGAUUGUCGCGUUGACGGUCGAUCAGUCCAACUCGCUCUAUGGGAUACUGCUGGGCAGGAAGAUUACGAACGUUUACGACCACUUGCAUAUUCAAAAGCCCAUGUUCUCCUAAUUGCGUUCGCGGUAGAUACUCCGGAUUCUCUUGAGAACGUUCGAAAUAAGUGGAUUGAAGAAGCAAAUGAACGCUGCCCUGAUGUCCCAAUCAUACUGGUGGGCUUGAAGAAAGAUCUGCGCGAGGACCCCCUUGCAAUUGAAGAAAUGAGAAAGAAGUCUCUGCGCUUCAUUUCCUCGAAGGAAGGCCACGACACAGCAGCCCAGGUAGGGGCAAGAAAAUAUUUAGAAUGCUCAUCCCUCACCGGCGAAGGUGUCGAUGACGUUUUCGAAGCUGCAACCCGCGCAGCUCUUUUAACUUUUGAAAAGGACAGAGGAUCUUGCUGCGUUAUCCUAUGA